AUGAUCGAGCAUGAUGCCAAUAUCCCGGACAAAGGUCCCCUAUUCAUCAGGGUUACCGGGGCUUUGACCGCGAUUGCAUUCAUCUUGGUCGCCCAUAGGGUGCUAUGGAAGGUGUACAGACAAACUGCCAUCUCUGCAGAUGAUGUGAUCAUCCAGGUUUCGAUGAUCAUACAGAUUGUGAAUACCGUUAUGGGCGACUUGGCGUGCCACUAUGCAUUUGGUCGUCAUCGCGCUGACAUUGUACGGUCAGGGGGCAAUUUGGUACUUGCGCUGAAGUCUUUCUGGCUCUUCCAAAUCCUCUACAAGACCGUCCUCUGUCUCAACAAGCUCAGCUUCCUGGCUUUUUACCUGCGAAUCUUUCCCACGCGACCCUUCCGUAUUAUCUGCUGGGUGACCAUCGGUCUCGUCAUUUCCAGCACCUUCGGAUUUGUGCUCGCGACGAUCUUCCAGUGCAUCCCGGUCCAUGCUAGCUGGCACAAGAACAUCCCCAAGAAGUGUGUGGACAACGCGAGCUUCCGAUGGUCGUGGGCGGGCUACAACACGGCGAUGGACAUUUGGGUCUGCAUGCUACCACUGCCGGUUCUCGCGCAGCUGCAUCUCGACCGCAUCCGCAAGGUCGGUGUGAUGCUCGUGUUCUGCAUGGGCUUGUUCGUGUGCAUCACCAGUAUCAUUCGGAUGUGGGCAAUGGAGGCGAGCACCACGACGCAGGACCCGACCUGGGGCUCGUUUGAUGCCCUGCUGUGGAGUGCCAUCGAGGCGAGUACGGGGAUUAUUUGCGCUUGCUUACCGUUCCUGAAGCACUCUGCCCAGAAGCUGGUUCCCAGUUGGUUUGUCUCGCUGUCGAAUGGAUCACGCAAGUCGCGCAGUCGAGCCACCAGGACCAGGACGGGGCGGAGCUAUCGUAUGAGUCGGUUGGAGUCCCAGGAAGGCACGCAGCUCGGCCAAGAAUGGCGGGUGGAGAGACACGAUCCUGAUGCGGAUGCUGAGAGCGUGGGGAGCCAGGGGGCUAUUGCCAAAGGCCAGAUCAUUCUCACUACCGCAAUUGACAUGCACAGUGAACCGGCACCGAAAUAACGACCGGUACUAUAGAGACUCGCCAGAACAUAGUCCAGAUGCUUGUAGGAAUUCUUGAUCCGAGAUCCUUUGCCUGUUUCCUUUUCUUUUUAGCGUUUUCUGACUUCUUACCACCUUCCAUUUGUAACGAGACACUCGUGCUGUUAUUGCCACGGGGGUACUUUAGUAGCCCAAGUUAAGGCCUAGGUGGCAUAUUCACCGAACAGCAAAUUGUGGUGGACAUUGAGUGUCUCAGAAGGCAUUCGAUAGCGCAAUGGGGAGGGUGGAUCGGGGUGGGGAGCGGCC